CUCCACGUGAUGCCAGGCUGGCGGCGGCGGCGGUUGCCGGGGCGACGGCUGGAGAAGUGGCGACCGGGCCGGGUAGGCGCGUGUGCCCGCGGCUAAGCAGAAGAGAUUUUUGCUGUGAGAAUUAAUAGUAACAGUUCAGUAUGGAGGAUAUUCUGGCUCACGAAUCGGAAUUACUUGGACUCGUGAAAGAGUAUUUGGAUUUUGCCGAAUUUGAAGAUACAUUGAAAACAUUUUCAAAAGAAUGCAAAAUAAAAGGAAAACCAUUAUCUAAGUCAGCAUGUGGCUCCUUAAGGGACUCCAAAUCAUUGAUAAUCCAGAGGGACCUCCUUGCUGCAUUUGACAGUGGAGACCAGAAGAUGUUCUUCGAUUUGUGGGAGGAGCACGUGCCCAGUUCCAUCCGAGAUGGUGACUCCCUCGCCCAGAAGUUGGAAUUCUAUCUUCACAUCCAUUUUGCCAUUUAUCUUCUGAAACACUCCGCAGGGAGACCUGACAAAGAAGAACUGGAUGAAAGGAUUUCCUAUUUCAAAACCUAUCUGGAGACCAAAGGGGCAGCACUGAGCGAGACCACAGAAUUUCUCCCUUUCUAUGCACUUCCUUUUGUUCCCAACCCUAUGGUGCACCCCUCAUUUAAAGAACUCUUCCAGGAUUCUUGGAUUCCAGAAUUAAAGCUGAAGUUGGAAAAGUUUCUGGCUUUAAUUUUUAAAGCCAGUAGCACGCCAAAGCUUUUAACAUUAUAUAAGGAGAAUGGACACAGCAACAAAGAAAUGUUGCAGCAGCUCCACCAGCAGCUGGUAGAAGCUGAGCGAAGGUCAAUGACAUACCUGAAACGGUACAAUAAGAUCCAGGCGGACUACCACAAUCUCAUUGGAGUCACAGCCGAGCUGGUGGAUUCUCUGGAGGCCACAGUCAGUGGCAAGAUGAUCACCCCGGAGUACCUCCAGAGCGUCUGUGUCCGCCUCUUCAGUAACCAGAUGCGGCAGAGCCUGGCGCACAGCGUGGACUUCACAAGGCCUGGCACGGCUUCAACCAUGUUAAGAGCCUCCUUGGCACCCGUGAAACUGAAGGAUGUCCCAUUACUGCCCUCCUUGGAUUAUGAGAAACUGAAGAAGGAUUUGAUUCUGGGGAGUGACCGCUUGAAAGCCUUCUUGUUGCAGGCUCUGCGCUGGCGCUUGACCACAUCCCACCCUGGAGAGCAGAGGGAGACCGUUCUGCAAGCCUACAUCAGCAAUGACCUCUUGGACUGUCAGAGCCACAGCCAGAGGAGUGUGCUUCAGCUGCUGCACUCUAAGAGUGAGGUGGUGCGGCAGUACAUGGCCAGGCUCAUCAAUGCGUUCGCGUCCCUGGCAGAAGGUCGCCUCUACCUUGCCCAGAGCACAAAGGUGCUGCGGAUGCUGGAGGAAAGGCUGAAGGAGGAGGACAAGGAUGCCAUCACCCGGGAGAACGUGCUGGGGGCCUUGCAGAAGUUCAGCCUCAGGCGCGCGCUGCAGACAGCGAUGAUUCAAGAUGGCCUCAUCUUCUGGCUGAUUGACAUCCUGAAGGAGCCUGACUGCCUGUCUGACUACACGCUGGAGUACUCGGUUGCUCUGCUCAUGAACCUCUGCCUCCGGAGCGCAGGGAAGAACAUGUGUGCCAAGGUGGCGGGCCUCGUGCUGAAAGUUCUUUCGGAUCUGCUGGGCCAUGAAAACCACGAGAUUCAGCCGUAUGUGAAUGGAGCCCUGUACAGCAUCCUUUCUAUUCCAUCCAUCCGUGAGGAAGCAAGAGCAAUGGGAAUGGAAGACAUCCUUCGCUGCUUCAUCAAAGAAGGCAAUGCUGAAAUGAUCCGCCAGAUUGAAUUUAUCAUCAAGCAGCUCAAUUCAGAAGAGCUCGUGGAUGGUGUUCUUGAAUCUGAUGAUGAUGAAGACGAAGAUGAUGAAGAGGACCAUGACACAAUGGAAGCUGAUCUGGACAAAGAUGAAGUGAUCCAACCCCAGCUUGGAGAACUCUCCGGUGAGAAGCUUCUGACCACGGAGUACUUGGGAAUCAUGACCAACACCAGGAAGGCGAGGCGGAGGGGGGCGGCCGGUGGGCAGUGGGGCAGCAGUGAGCCCCUGCGCCGGCCCGUCACCCCCGGCGGCCACAGGACCGGGUACCCAGCGCUGGAAAACCAUCCCGUGUCUCCUCAGACAGACCGACACGCCAGGAACGGCUCCCUUCCGUCCCUGCUGAACGCGCACCUUCCAGUCUGCAAAGGGGGCAAGCCUGGUGCUUCUGAGCCUGGUGUUUCCUAUCCGUCCGCCAUCGACGCCAAGCCGGGAGAGUGGUUGCCAGCAGGACGGCCAGGAGAGCCCCGCCUGCCCCCAGCGGGGGCCCCUAGGCGGCCUCGGGAGGUGCCCCAGGCCCCGGACAGUGGAGAGACUUCCAGGGAGUUUACAUCAGGCUUCACCUGCAAGCCCCGGGCCCCCCGCACCCCGGAGAUGCUGGACCUGAACCCACCCAAGGCCAAGGCGUCAGCUGUGUCCCCCCAGUUCUCCUUGUGUGGCCCCCAGCAGGCUGGCCGCCCCGGCUCCACGACGUCCUCCAUGAGGAGCCUGCAGAGCGGCCACACUUCCAGGAAGUGAGGACGGCUUCUUCCCCGGUGUCACCGUCCCCUUGCCCAAUGACCCAGCCAGCUUCCUGUUCUCAGCCAGCAGCUGCAGGUGACAGAUGGGAAGAGACAGUUAUCUCUGAGCCGCCAGGUGGCUUGAGGAGGCCGGCUCUCCAGCGUCCAGGGGCAGGCCCACCGCAGCCCGCAAGCCGGGCUCCUGCCACUGCCCUUCCUGCCUACCCUCCCCCAGCACCCAGCUGAGGGAGCAGCAGAGCCAAACCCGCUAGCCCAUCCAUCUCCAGAGCUUGCAUGGAGAAGCCAGGGCAGGACAGCUCAGCCAGAGACAGGACAUCGGCCUCAGUGGAAACCCGGUCCUCCUCACUGAGACCAACUACGAGGAAACAGAAGGAACUUCGAAUAAGGGAAACUCAUGCUCAAGCCUCUGCCCGAGCAGCAGACAUGGUACUUCUUUCCUCUUUUAAACUCUGAUGAAAAUUUGGUACCUUACCCACUAUGGCUGGGAAUACAGCUGUUCCAAAGCAGCCCCGUGCUUCUGCACAUGUGUUUUAAGGGCUCAGAGGGCUGACCAGUUUAAUGCCAUUUCCCUCCCUCCAUUAAGACCAUAGAUGCAAACAGCAUCAGUGGCACUGACUGGUCUCUGCAGGAGGAGGCCUAUGCUCGCUCUUUGCUAGGGGUGACAUCAGGGCCCACUUAGGAAAGAGGAAGAAACUUCACGUGCAGAGCCAGCAAUGUUACCCAAGCUAGUAGCAGGGUCUGACCUGUCCUAAAACAGAAAUAUUGAAAUAAAAUUAUCAGUAUUUAGAUGGUA